GUUGUGUAUAGCUUCCAUAUUGUGUUGGCGUGUUACGUGAUGACUUAACUUGACCGACGUGAGAGUAAAUUUCUUCUUUUAAAAAGCUUCCCUGCAUGCAAACACAUAUUUCUAGAGAAAACCACUAACAUUAGACAUAAAAAUCGCUUUAUACUGCUUAAAAAGUUAACGGCAAUUAGUCCCUAAGGCUUAUUUUGUUGUCAAAUGUUGCGUCUGGAAAUUUAUUCGUCUCACGUUUUGCUUUGAUAAUUACUAAUGGAACCAGCUGCAAUAACCACCUGUCUUUCUAAACUGAACAGGUAGAAGAGUAAAGGAACAUGGAGGAAAAUUGCUCGCUAAACUUGACUACCACUUCUUCUGUCAUUUUAGCCUCGUUAAAUGGCGUUUCUGGCUUUUUGACAAUAAUUGGUAACUCAAUUAUUCUUCUGGCAUUGUACAAAACACCUUCGCUUAAGAAGACAACCUCAAAUUAUUUUGUUGGCUCGCUGGCUUGUGCCGAUCUCUCUGUAGGUCUGUUUGCUAACUCCUUGUACGUGGCUUUAAGUGGCUUUGUUUCUCUUCAAGAAAUUCAAGAGUUAAAGAACGCUGAAACUUUUGUUUGGCUGUUAACUACAACUGUUACAACUUUUAAUUUGUGUUUUGUAGCAGCUGAUCGUUACGUCGCCAUUAUUCACCCUCUGCGAUACCCAGAGGUGAUAACGACCAAGCGACUCUUUCGGGCAAUUAUUUGCAUGUGGAUUUUCGCUGUUUUAUUUGCUACCAUUCCUUUUUACCUUCCGUAUAGCGACUUGCCGAAACUGUGGAUAGCUGGUUCCUUUGUGACAUUUUUCUUUCCUUUAGCAGUGCUUUUCUUCUGCUAUUGUCGUAUUUACUUGGUUGUUAAGGAACAAAAUUCUCGGUUGAACAGACAGCCCACCUUCGACCGUUCAACGCCAUCUGCGGAAAAGUUGAAAAACAGAAAAGUAGCCACAACCUUUGCAAUUUUGACUGGCGUUUUUGUUGCGUUAUUUCUGCCGACGCUUGUGGUAAACUUUCUAGGCAUGGCCUUACAAAGACAAUGUCAUAUAGUAAAACUGAAUAUGGCUUGGUUUUGGGCAGCAGUUGUGUCGUUUACUUCUUCUGCGAUAAAUCCUUGGAUUUACGCAAUACGAAUGACAGAUUUCAAACGCGCCAUAACAGUGUUGUUAAGCAGGGCGUGAAAGACUCAGCACAGUAUCAGGGAAUGAUAUCAUAGGCGCAACUGACAGAUCUUUUCGGUCCCGGACAUUUGUUAAGAUGCUGACUGAAUACUUGAAAAAAUAAUUCUGCGGGUCUAGAUGGAGUUAAACUGUUAGCUGAAAACUGUUUUAGCCUUUACUAUAUAUCAGCUGAGAAAUAACACGUUUAUAAACCGAUGGCUGAGGCCCCUUUUACAUUACGUCGGAGAAAUUUGAAAACGCAGCUUUAUUUCCGCGGCUAGGCCUACCGUCCACACUA